AUGCAGUCCAACUUCACACCUUCCUCCAAAUCUUCUUCUCCCCAGCCGCAGCGCCUGCCAGUUAAUCCAAGACGGCACAAGGUCGACCCGUCGUUACGAAAGCGCGUCGUAAGAGCAUGCAACGCGUGCAACGUUCGUCGAGUUCGGUGCUCGGGGGAGCAGCCGUGCCAACGAUGCAGCAAAACCUCACGCGAAUGCGAGUACCCAGCACCAGAAUCAGAUAAGCACUCUCUCAAAGACGAGCUCGAACGCUUGCGAGCGCGUUGUGCAGCACUCGAGACAGGGUUCAAAAUCGCUGCACCUGGAGAGGCCGCCGAGAUCAUUGGACAGCUCGACCAUGGCGGGCCAGGAACGCGUUCGACCGCGCCGACUUUUCUUUCCGUCUCAAUGGAGCUGGAUCAAGCCGACACGAACGAUGGCCGCCUGCUUGUCGACCCUUGUGGCACCCCGAGAUUCUUCGGUGAAACGUCUGGAGCGACGUUCCUGGAUUACCUAAAGCAAUUCAUGCUUACGCUGGUUCCUCUGACUUUCCAGCCCGAGUCGGCGGAUGGGUCUUCAUUUGUUGCAUCAAUUGGACGUUAUCAGACAUACGACUCGCGACCAAUCCCCAAUCCAAGCGUGGACCCGUUAUGGCUUCCGGAUCAGGACGACAUGGCAUUGAUGCUUGCCCAACUGCGAGCCUACAUCCAGGACGGCAAUGGCGAGUUUCCGUCUGGCGGAAUAUACUUGUGGGGCGAUCUCACCCAGUUCCCUACGUCUGCGGCUCCUUCCGUCUUGCUGAGUUCAAUGACGACAGACGACACUCACCGAGGCUUAGCCUUCUACCAUGUCUGCUUCGCCCUAGCUACGUCUUUUGGUCAUCAGUCUUCCCGACGCUCAGACCAGCAUGCGGGAGAGGCGUACUUCAAGCGUGCACGAAAGCUCCUCGGGAAUCCGUUAGAUACCGUGCGAUUCACGCUGGACGAUGUCCCUGUAUUGACUCUUAUGGGUUUCUAUCUCAUCGAGCUGAACCGCAGAGAUGCAGCAUACGUAUAUGUUAGUUUAGCGAUUCACAUUGCCAUUAUACAUGGUGCAUUCAGGUCUUGCAAUGAUGAAGCGAGCAAACGCACAUUCUGGACUCUUUACAUAUUAGACAGAUGGCUUUCUGUGCUGAUGGGGCGCCCGCCAACUCUACUUGAUGAAGCUAUAAGGCUGCCUCUACCAUGCGAUGUGCCCUCGAUGCCACCAUGUGCAGGUCUCCGAGCACACGUAGAGUUGUCACGCAUCUCUGGCUAUAUCGUCUGCGAGACAUUCAAAAUCGCACCACGACACUACCAACGUGGCUACUCGACCUUGAAUGUGGACAAGGCUCUGGACCAACUCGAAAACUGGAAACUCAACCUGCCGCCGGUGCUAGCUAUUGACGUUGACGCUGACCCCGCGGUACUGUCCCUCCAUCUAGCUUACAACCAACUCAUCGUCCUCACGACUCGGCCCAUCCUCCUGGCCGCUGUCAAGCAAGCCGUGGCUGAACGCUAUAUGAAUGGCUCGUGGUCUGUGCAGCAACAUGCACACAGCAAAUAUGUUCAGGCCUGUCCAGAGGCCGCCCAGCGAAAUUUGCUUUUAGCCAAGCGAUUACGAUCUACAAGGAAGCUGCUGCAAGCCGGUCUACACUUCGUGUUCAACGCUGCUGUUAUCUUGAUACUAGAUCAGAUUCUCCACUCUUCCAGCACUGCACCCACGGCUACCGCGCUUAACACUCCCGUGUACACCCUGGAGAUAGACUUUGCGAUGCGCACCUUCGAGGAGGAGUCACGAACCGGUACUAACUACCCCAGAGACUGUUACAAAGUCUUGCAAGAUCUCAAAGCUCUCGUUGACCGCUACCUCUCCCAUGGUCAUGGCCACUUUGAGCAAAGCAACGACCCCGGUCUCGUCAUCAACACUCCCGGAACGCAGUACAAUGCGCAACGAGGCGCAGAACUUCAAGGAAACCCAUUGAACACCACAGCUGGCACUGUGUACCAAGAGCUACGAACCUGGAUGCAGAGUGACGGAUUGAAGCUACAUAACAGCUUACUCAUUUAA